UACAGUUAGAAGAAAGCUUUGAAAACACAGCAAUGGGUCUUACUUAUCGUACCUACCUUAAUGGCACCCGAAUUUUUGGUUGUAAUAAAUGUCGAACACACCUUUCCACGACCGACAGUAUUAUUUCAAAGGCUUUUCAGGGACAGCAUGGGCGUGCUUACCUUUUCGAUACAGUGGUUAAUGUGGAAGAAGGCCCGUCCGAGGACCGUCAUAUGACUACAGGUCUUCAUACAGUAAAAGAUAUUUAUUGUUCUCGUUGUAGAUCCGUAUUAGGGUGGAAAUAUGAAAGAGCAUAUGAACAAAGUCAACGCUAUAAAGAGGGGAAAUAUAUUCUGGAAAAGCAGCUUCUUACUGACGUUAUUUGA